UGGUGCACGCGCCUCAGUCCAUCGGGGGCCUUCGUCAAAAUUGCAUCCCUCCCGCUUCUGGUGCGUCCUCCAGUUCGGAAGAGUGUCUCGAGUGUUCGGUAAACGCGUCUCGGGUUAACGAGAGGAGAGGACGACAGCGAGAGAUCGACAAAGGGAUAGAGAAAGAGAGCGCUUGGCGAGAUCAUGUGGAGAGUCCUGAUCGCAGGAUUUUGCACGGUUGCCGCCACCGUUGCCCAAGAUUACGAGGUCUCGGACAUUCAGUGCAGCGGUGCGGGAUCGGCGGUCGAUCUGCUGACAGCGAAGAUCAAAAGGCCGGUCGGCUUCAGAGGCGCACCGCUCUUCGCCGACGACAGAUCGGCGAACCCACUCGCCGACAUUCACUGUCAGAUCAGGCCGGACCCGAGCGAUCCGCAGGAGGAUAACUACUUCCUGAAGGUGACUGACUUCUCCCGAUGCGGCAUCCUCAAGAGAAACGGAUUCAUUCACCUGCGGGUGUGGUUCCCGGCCUUUCCCGGCGUGGUGAUGUUGGCCGACCAGGAGCUGAUCCUGAUGUGCCGGCCGCCCGAACCGACGCUGCUGAGGCACAAGGCUGCUGGCUUCGCCGGCACUUUGGUUAAUCGUUUCAGUCCGCACGGCGCCCGGGUGUCUGGCGUAGUGGAGGAGACGCCGGGCCGACUCGAGUACGAGGUGGCCCUUUAUCGCGAGGCCACCGGAAACGUCUCUGAUAGCUCACAGACGGUCGAUCAGGCGGUACCGAUCGGCACAAAGCUGCAACUACGUGCUCGCAUCAGCCCGGAUAGUGCUUGGGGGUACAUCAAGCUGCUAGAGGUGACGGUCAGUCCUGACCCAGACCAGCCUCACGCUUCCGGCAGCGUCGUGCUCGUGAAGGACGGCUGCAGGAACCGAGAUUUCGCCUCCAUCAUCCCGCAUCAGCCGGCAAGGUACCGCGAGCGCAAGAACGAAGUUUUUCUCGACUUCGAAGCCUUCCUGCUGAGUUCAAUGAGGGAGCGCUCCACCCUCUGGAUCCAUUCGCAGAUUAAGGCAUGCAUGGAGCCGCAGGACUGUCAACCGGACUUCUGUCUCGAUCUCUUUGAGCCCUCGGGCCACGGGAAAAAGAGGAAAAGAGCGGUCGAGGUGGAAGCGACGGGCGAGUUCCUUCCGAAAGUCGAGCGUUUGAUCAAAAGGUACAACGAUUCCACGCCAUACACGAAGUUUAAGGAGAAUAUCGAGUACACGGUGAUGAUGCCAGAUGAUUUAUACGACAAAGUGACGGCCGGCCUUGAAGGCAGUUGCGGCAAUUUCCUGUAUGUGGCAACAGGAUUGGGCGUUCUCCUGGUGUUGUCGGCCUUUAUCAUGUGCUACUUGGCGUCGCGUCUUCACAGCCUGUCGUCGUCGAUACAACAGAACAAGUCCAUCGACGAACUGGUCAGAGACCGCACCAGGAAGUAUUGCGACACCACGCCCGGUUAUACCGGCCGCUCGACGGUGCAGUAGAGGGAAAUGCACUUUUGGUAGGCACGCAAAAGGGUACUUGGAUGACGCGAAAGUACUCUUUCGCGAUUACACCGCGUGACAUGUUGUAUCAAUCGACAUUGCACGUCACACGGACACUUUUCUCUGUUGGAAUUAAGACGACCGGUUCAAUCGAGGUAUCGCCUCGUGAGAAGGCAAUAUCGCAAUUUAUCGCUUGAUCGAGCAACCACUUGAUUUCCCACUUCCAAAGCGCGAAAUAUGUUUACUGAGAAAAAAUAAGUCAGAGACAUGAUUUCCUGAUGUUAUAUUGUUCGUAUGACAUGUUGCACGCACGUUACUGAUAAAUUUAUCGGAAAGUGAUUCUUCGGGAGAUUCCAAACAGCGUCCGGAUGAGCACAUGGUGUCGCCCACCGUGGAACGAAAAUAAUUCUCGUUGACGUAGAGAACGCCGCGGAAGAGAUACUUCUCUGUGAGAUAAAAUCGAUCAAGCUAAACGAUAUUCUCAAACGCGGAUGACGAAGCGAAGAUUGAAGUUGAUAGCCCAUGGAAAAAAGAAUAUUGCGAUUAGAGAUAAAAUGAUAUUCGCUAUUUUGCAAUGUAGAUACGGUAACUCAUAGUUACGACACACACGCAUUCACGAGACAGCACUGCUUAGCGCGAAUUCUUUCGACACGAACACAGACAUAACAGAACAAAUGAAAUUCUGUACAUUUCUUUCUCUCUUUUUCAUCCAAUUUUUCGUUUCCUAAUUCUCUGGUGUUAGUGAAAAAAUAUAUAAGAAAAAAAUUCUUUAAUCGUGUAUCAUUCUAUGACUGAUUGACUCAAUUGACAAGAUGACUUGUGUCUUUUCGAAGAAUUUCCUGAACUGAUGCAAUAAGUUAAAGUAAAACAAAAUAUACUUAUUUCACUCUAACUUAUCGCAUCAGUAUACACUAGUUCAGAAAAUUCUUCGAAAAAAGGUCUAAUGUAACUCGACUGCUUAGUCAAAUAUUUAAAAUUUUUUACACCAAGCAGCCGAACACACAAGUGAAAAAGACGUUCUCUAAAAAAAUUAACAUUUUUUAACCUGAGUUUUCGUUCCUCCGGAUUGGAGAAGAUAUCUUAAUAUUAGGUAAUAUUUACACAUGGUUUUCCGAGCGUCACGCACAUGAUGCAAUUUUUUUGAAAAUCGCUUCGCGAUCUAUCAAUAUUGCUCAAAUGGAGAAGACAAUCUUAUUACGAUGAGUCUCUCAAAAGUGCAAUGCUAUCACGUGACCUGAUCAAGCGAACUGAUCCAUCGAUCGUUCGCGAAAUCGUAGGAUAAGUACCUCGCCGAAAACGUAGAGAAACUCGACGGGUUAUUCUGGGUGGUUGCACUAAUUUAUAUCACCUUGUAAAUAAACACCCACGGCAAAGCGCUCGCAAUUUACAGCGCACCUCUUAACAACGAACGACAUUUAUACGUACAUUAUAUAAAGUACUAUACGUGUAUGGCGAUCCGAUCGUAUCAAAAGAUAUUAUAGAGAAUUUUCGAUAAAUUACGAAUUAAUUUACUUUUAGUGAAAUAUUAUUUUAUCGCAUAAAAUAAAGAUAACUUAUAAAGUCCGGGAAACCAACGAGAAGAUCUCUACAUUCAGAUUAUACGUGUAAUAAAUUUGAUUGAUUAUUAAAAUUAUUGAAACUUAAUGAGUGAUCGUAAAAUGCGUAUUUGUAUUUGGCGUUAAAAUUUUAUAUAAUUUCUGAAAGCGGAAAGAGUUUUUUCAGUGACAAAAUUCUUUCGAGAAAAAACAAGAUCCGCUGUAAAAGGGCCAAAGUAUUAUGUAUUUAAUAUUAAUAUUAAUAAUAAUAAUCGUGUGAGACGGAACACGAGCAGUCGCGCAAGAUAACACGACACGAUUCUAGGGACACGCCGAUCGAUCCUGAUCAAUCCGUAAAGGUAAUUAGGAAACGUAGUUACAUUAGACAACUAUUGUAGAACGAACGUGUACAAUGAUUAUUUAUUAUAAAAUAAAAGAGAUAAAACAGAA